UACCCCUUCAUUAAAUAUGGAUGAAUUCAAGGAAAAUGUGGAAAAGAUGGAGUCUACGUUUGUCGUAAUAGGAGGCGGUAUAGCCGGAGUAUCUUGCGUCGAAGGGUUGAGCUUCCUCGCUCCGGAGGAAAGUAUAAUUCUAAUAACCGCUAGUCCCCUGGUAAAAGCUGUGACAAAUGUAGUUCCGCUAGGCAGAACGUUAAUGCACUUUGACGUAGAGGAAGAGAGCGCGACGGUCUUGAGCGAGAAGCAUAAAAUGCUACGAGUUAUUCACGAUAGCGCGGUUAAAAUUGACACGGUCAAGAAGCUGGUGGAACUCGGCGGUGGAAGAGUCGUGAGCUUCAAAAUGCUGUGCCUCUGCACUGGCGCGAAGCCCAAGCUGAUAGCCGAAAGCAACGAAUUCGUUGUAGGUAUUCGUGACACGGAAUCCGUGUUACAAUUUUCUCACAAACUCAGAGACGCCAGGAGGGUCGUGGUUGUUGGCAACGGAGGAAUCGCCACCGAGGUAGUGCACGAAGUCAAGGACGUCGAGAUUGUCUGGGUAAUCAAGGACAAGCACAUUUCCGCGACCUUCGUCGAUCCCGGGGCUGCGGAAUUCUUUUUGGACAAGAUUUCGUCUAAAUCCGCUACGUCAGGAAACCCCGGUAAAGAAAAUUCGCCAACCAAAAGAAUGAGAUACGUUGUGUCGGAUAGCGCGCCGAUUAAAAACGGUGCCGCUCUUGGUCCGGAUUGGCACAACAGCUUCGACAUGAGCGGCGCGCGUUUCACGCCCACAAAUGUCCAGGUUGAGUACGAGUGCGAGAUAGGGAGACUGCUCACCCCUGACGAGCGAGAACGGUUCGAUUCCGCAGAGGAGUGGCCAAUUUACGCGCAACUGACGAACGGCAAGGUCAUCGGGUGCGACCUUGUUAUCUCGGCGACAGGCGUCACUCCAAAUUCCGACAUACGCGGGUUGGAGGAGCUCGAAAGAGGGGAGGAUGCUGGAUUGUCGGUGGACUGGAAGCUGGAAACUUCGAGGAAGGAUAUCUACGCUGCCGGAGACGUGUGCACCGCCGGCUGGCCGAGGGCGAAACACUGGUUUCAAAUGAGGCUGUGGACGCAGGCACAUCAGAUGGGCCGUUACGCCGCGAAGUCGAUGGUCUCGAGUUUAAGAAGCGAAGAAUUCUUGCAAGAUUUCUGUUUCGAACUUUUCACGCACGUGACCAAGUUCUUCUCCUACAAAGUCGUUUUGCUCGGCUUGUACAACGGGCAGACGUUGGGUAGGAAUUACGAGAUACUUUUGCGAAUCACCAAGGAUCAGGAGUACGUUAAAAUUAUUCUGCAGGACGGCAAGAUGCAGGGCGCGGUGCUCAUUGGGGAAACGGACUUGGAAGAGAUGUGUGAAAAUUUGAUACUUAACCAAUUGGAUUUGAGUAUGUAUGGCGAAGAUUUGUUAAAUCCCGAUAUCGAUAUUGAAGAUUAUUUUGACUGAUAUAUCAUUAACUUUUCAAUAAAUACACUUAUUAAUGUUGCUCCUAUUAA